UAAGUUGCUUAUCUGAUUUGAGCAUGUUAAAUCAAAGAACAUGAUUGGGAUAGGAAUCAAAGUAAAGACAUUAACGUUGCUACAACUAGAUACAAACGGACAGCAGGGAAUGUCCAUAGCCUCCUAUAUAAUACAGAGACAACAGUGUACCAGUUACAGAGGAGACAAUGGUAUCGACACUACUACCCGUGUAUCUAACCAUCCUGUGUGUCACACACAGCUCAGGUAUCAGUGUCGCACAUCGUUUACAAUCAUGUACGGCAUCCGGAGGUCAAUGUACCAGGGCCACACAGUGUGAGGGACAGGUAUUGGACCAUACAACAGGCUGUAGGAAGAGGGAUGUGUGUUGUGUAAUACCUCCGGAGUCCGUGGACACUCCCUCAGGACACGCCGAGAAUAUCGAACCUACAGGAGAGGAACACACAGGUAGUGUGGAGCCUAACGGAGAGGUUGAUCUACCUCAUCCAGGAACCUCCCAGUGUGGAAAGAUCACAAUUUACCCCCCUACAGUCGACCCUCGGCUUCGGAUCGUGGGUGGUCAGUCGGCCUUGGAAGGCGAGUGGCCAUGGCAGGUGUCAUUCCAUGACAUCACGGGUCAUUUUUGUGGUGGAAGUCUCAUCAGUGAUCAGUGGGUCAUCACGGCUGCUCAUUGUCUCCAGAGACACACGCCAGCAGAGGUGACGAUCUACCUAGGGGAACAUCAUCUUGAUUACGUCACUGGAAACGAAAACAAAAUGGCCAUCGCUGAGUGGAUAGUGCACCCGACAUACGCACCAUCGCAAAGAGGAACACCAAACGAUAUAGCCCUGGUCAAACUGGACAGAACGGUGGACAUAACAGGACAUUACGUUCGGGCUGCAUGUUUACCAGGGACAAUGGAUGUGUUUGACGGAACUGACCACUGUGUCAUAAGCGGCUGGGGCAGCACCAUGGGGACUGCUGAUGGUAAAUACCUACAACACAUCGCGGUGCCCAUCACACCGACACAGGCCUGUAACGACAGCUGGAACGGUGUUAUCGACGACCGACAAAUCUGUGUGGGGCACGGAGACGUCGGCGCAUGUGGAGGUGAUUCCGGGGGACCUCUUGUCUGUCUCCGAGAUGAGCAUUAUAUUCUGGCCGGCGUGACAUCAUGGGGGUCAUUCUCGUGCCAACAUUACGGUUACCCCAAUAUCUACACCCGAGUCACAUCUUAUAUAGAGUGGAUCAAUUCUGUUAUCAACUAGGUAAACAAUAAAUACCAUGCUUCCUGAGACAAUUGGUCCAGGUGUAGGAGAGAUAGAACCUGUGUAAUUGUGUAUAUUGUAACUACCUAAGUAGGCGUGAUUUAACAGUAUUUAUUGUUAUUAUCGUGAAUCAUUCAAUUAAGUUGUUUGAAUAUAAAUGUUAUAGGACUUACGAUAAUCACGUCCAGUUUUCAGGAGAGCGAUCUCAAGUUGAAUAAAUGAUCUUAAAAAACACG